AUGAAUAUCCUCGGUGCAGUGGGCAUCAUCAUGGUGAACAAGCACCUCAUGUCCGCCUACGGCUUCACCUUCGUGUCGACGUUAACGGGUCUGCAUUUCGCCGUCACCGCGAUCGUCGGCCUCCUCGCGUCCGCUCUAACCGGAAGCAGCAGCUGCGUCAGCAGCAGAAGCAGCAGGAGCAGCAGCAACGUAACUGGCAGCGGCGACGGCGGUGGCGACGGUAGCGGAGGAGGAAGAGAAGAAGGAAAGGCAGCAGCGGCGGUGCUGCCUCUGUGGGUACUCUUAGGGUUCGCGCUGCUGGGGAACGCGAGUCUGGUGGCGACGAAUUUCAGCCUGCUGCUCAACUCGGUGGGGUUCUAUCAGAUCUCCAAGGUCGCCGUCAUCCCGCUCGUCUGCCUCUUCGAGUCGCUCGCCUGGCGCCGCGAAAUCGCUCGCAGCGUGUGGGCGGCGAUGGCGGUGGUGAUGGUGGGCGUGGGGCUGUGCACCAACGCCGACAUCACUCUCAACGUCGCCGGCUUCUGCGUCGCCACCCUCGCCGUCGUCUGCUCCGCGCUGCACAUGAUGCUUAUUGGCUGGUUGCAGGACCACUACGCCACGUCAUCGUUCGAUCUGCUGAGUCAGACGGCUCCCCUGCAGGCGUUCCUGCUGCUGCUGAUCGGCCCGCCCCUCGACUUCUACCUCACCUCGCGCUCGCUCCUCUCCUUCCACUUCUCCCCCGGCGCCCUC